AGGAAGAAUUGGUAAACAUAUAUAAAUAUUUUUUCUAAGAAGGAAACCCUUUUUUUCUUUGGAUUCGGACUUCGAACUUCAAAUUUCGCAGUCCGUUUAAUUCCCCUAAAGGCUAAACUACUGCGAAGCAGAGUAGAGAUCGUACGAGCACGACCAUUCGCCGCCGCCGCCUUUGUCCUCAGAUUUCACCAUGUUGGAUGAAAGGAAGUUUGAUGUCCAUCUCAAGUUAUGGGCGCUUAGGGUUCCCCGUGAACUAUGCGGAACUGCUACUCGUAUCCUCAAUGGAUAUUUGCUCAACAAGCCACGUGUAAAACCCAUCACAGAAGACCCAACCAGUGAAAAGAACCGUUUGAUGAUGUUAUCUGAAAACGUUCAAAAUGUUGAUUUGUCAGAUGUACCUGAAGAGAAACUAAAUGAGCUGAGGAAGCUAUGCAAAGUCGAAGUGGUUCCCCAUUCGCUCACUCUUGGAUAUUCCUAUUGGAAUGCAGAUCAGAUAUUGAAGCAGAUUUUACCUGCAGGAGUGGAAAUACCUUCAUCUUUUGAAACAAUAGGUCAUGUCGCUCACUUGAAUCUGCAUGAUGAGCUCCUCCCAUUCAAAGAUGUUAUUGCAAAGGUGAUUUAUGAUAAAAACUAUCCAAGGAUCAAGACAGUUGUCAAUAAAGUUGGUACUAUCACAAACGAAUUUCGGGUACCAAAGUUUGAAGUCUUAGCGGGGGAAAACGAUAUGGAAACAGAAGUAAAACAAUAUGGGGCGACGUUUAAGCUGGACUACAGCAUGGUUUAUUGGAAUUCAAGAUUGGAGCAUGAGCAUAUACGGCUCGUCUCUCAGUUUAAGCCUGGGGAGACUAUAUGUGAUAUGUUUGCUGGCAUUGGGCCUUUUGCUAUCCCCGCAGCCCAGAAAGGAUGCUUUGUUUAUGCUAAUGAUUUAAAUCCCGACAGUACCCGAUACUUGAAGAUCAAUGCAAAAGUCAAUAAGGUUGACGAUUUGAUUAGUGUGUACAACAUGGAUGCUCGGAAAUUCAUUUCUCACUUGGUGGCAGCCCCAACUUGUGACGGGACUCAGCAACUAGUGACUGAUGGAGAAACACUGGAAGCAGACACAAGGCAAAGUGCUGAGACUGUUGCUGAAGAUCACAAUGUUGGCAAUAACAUAGAGGAAACACAUGAGUCCCAUAUAAGCAUGAAUGAGACUCUUGCUCCAAACAAGAGGCUAUCAGAUAGUUCAGAAGCAGAAAAUGUGGAAGGGAAAGAUGGAAAGAAAAGAAAAGGAAAUGUGAAUAAGAGGAUGAGACAGUCAGCGCUGCCGAAAGCAAAGCCCUGGGAACAUUUUGACCAUGUCGUUAUGAACCUCCCAGCUUCUGCCUUGCAGUUCCUAGACUCCUUUAGUAAGGUUAUCCAAAAGAAAUAUUGGAACGGCCCUCUUCCAUUGGUCCAUUGCUAUUGCUUUAUCCGUGCAAAUGAAACCAGAGAAUUUAUAGUAGCGGAGGCUGAAUCUGCAUUGAAGUUUCAUAUAGACGACCCCAUAUUCCACAGGGUUAGAGAUGUUGCUCCAAACAAGGCGAUGUUUUGCCUAAGCUUUAGGCUGCCCGAGGCAUGCUUGAGGGAAGAUUCGCCGUGAAAAGUUACAAAGAUUCGGUUUUUCCGAUGACCCGAUGAUAUUUUCAUUGGAUGCUUGUGGAUGAGCAGAGAAUCUUAUCCAUCUUUUAUGUCACCUUUAUACUGAAAUAGUUUAGAUUUUCAUUUGCCGGAUCUUUUCAAUGUUGUAUUCCUUGUUCUGUACUGGUUUUUAACUGAUCUUUCGACAUUGUAUGAAAGUCGAAUCUUGGAAACCAUGGUCGAAAAAUCGGGUUUGGUUUA